GCACAGAAACGACCAAGGAAAUCCCCAAAGCAGGAGUUACGACACAAUUAGCUGUCCGUGUAAAACAGCCUACUUCCGGCUUACAGAAAACAAGCAGCCGUGUUGUUUCACCUGCGUUAAAGAGGCACUUCUGUCGUUUAGGACUUACAUAAAACGGGUGGUUUAAAGCGACCUCACAGCACUGCUACAGCAACAAGACCAGCUCUUACAGGACACAAAAGGAGAUAUAUGAAGAGAUCGUGUGAGUUUGAGCAGAUAGACGCGGCCGCUGUCAUGUACGGAAGUGCAGGUUUGCCCGAGCUCAUCCCGAACGCAGGCGCGCUGAGACCCAGCGCCGUCCUGCCCUACAGCCCCGGACCCGGAGCAGGGGACAGACACGGGGCACAGUUGGCCUCUAACCCCCGCAGGAUGCACAGAGCCCCCAAACUCGGCCAGAUCGGCCGUUCAAAGAGAGUGGACAUUGAUGAUGAAGACUUGGACGAUAUCAUGAACAACAACAGGAGCUUCCCUCUUUCCAUCAGUGUCUCACCUGUUGCCUAAAGCAUGCUGGAUUGUGCCAAAGCUGCAUCGUGGCCAACAUCAUUAAUCGUCAAGUUCUGAAACAUUACAAAAUGCACACAACUGUUAUGAAGUGGAAUAAUUUAUAUACAAAUGCACACACAAUAUCAGCUCUCCCUCCCUCUCUCUCUCUCUCUCUCUCUCUCUCUCUCUCUCUCUUUAUUUUUCUCUUAUCUUUUAUCUCAGGACUGCUGACUGUUCAGUGCUCUGCUGUGAUCAUUGCUUGUUCAGCACUUGUAACUUUAAUCUUGUGGCUGUGACAUUGACUCUGUUGUUGUUACCUCUAUGUUCACACUGCAUUUUGAUACUGAGAUUGAAAAAUGAUUUCUAAAGGCACAGGGCUAUAUUCAUAUUAAAAAAAAAUAAAGCACUUUACUGAGUGGACAAAGACCAAAGGUAGGUUUGCUCCACUCUCACAAACGUGUUCUGUGAAAGUCUAUAACACACCAUUUGCUUAGCUUAGAUUCACAGUUACCUUGGAAACUGAGGUCUUUUGGCAUGUUUUCUGCUCCCUGGAUAUUUAGCAGUUCAGUUGUAUUUGCAGGGAGUGAUUUUUCACCUUCGAUCCGAACGAAUUACUCUCUAAAAUGGUCUAAUUUUAUGGUUGUGCUAAUAUGUGGUUUGUGCAUUAUAAUUGACUUGCAUGAAAUUGCUGGUUGAUUUUCAUUUUGUAUUUGCAAAUUGCAUUUUUGAAAAAUAAAGUAUGCAUGAUUAUCA